UUCUGUUAUAGAUUUGCGAAUCAUAAUCAAACUUUUAUUUAUUUUUGGGAUUGUUUUUAUGCGUCUUUUUAAAAAUUGGAAAAGGACGCCAAUUUGUCACAAUGUUGCUAAUGUUUUGUACACCCAAAUUGACAUUUUCCUUAUCUUGAUGAAAUGUGGGGGCCAUAAAGUUGUCUAGGAAGGGUUUUAUUUUGAAUUUCUUGCUUUCUGGUAGUUUUCCAUGCUAUUCUUAGGCCAUCUACAGUGCAUUCGGACCUCUUUACUUUUUCCACAGUUACGUUACAGCCUUAUUCUAAAAUUGAUAGUUUUUUUUCUCUCUCAAUCUACACACAAUACCCCAUAAUAACAAAGCAAAGACAGGUUUUUAGAAAUGUUUAAAAUGUAUAAAAUAAAACAUGAAAUAUCACAUUUACAUAAGUAUUCAGACCCAAAGGUGAUGACUAAAUUGGGAGUUUUCGAAUCUGAUUUCUCUAUGUGGCCAUGCAUGGAAAUUGUCUUUCUGGGCCGAGCAUCAGUUAAACUGCAGUACAGAAGCAAAACUGUAGGAUCAGUACAAAACCGUGCUUCUAAACCGGAACCCUGUCCCAUUCGCUACGAACUGGCCAGUCAGGUUUGAGAAUGGUGUGUGCGCCUGUUCACGAGCUUCUUGUCUUAGUGUCGCAUGCCGACUCGCAGGUCCUUUCAACAUAUCCGAAAAAAUUGAAUGAGCAAUUCAGGUGGUUUAUAGAUCAAUUACACAGCGACAAGCACACGAUCGUGAAUAAACCGGAUAUUUAUUUACGCCCUAAGAACUAUAAAAGGAAACCAACUAGCUCACGAAUUAGCAAUAAAGAGUUUAAGGUUUCAGAAACUGACCAUAUCCAGGUAACCUCUUGACACGUCCUAUUACAACGAACACACGUUUCAAGUAAGUAGUGAAUGUGUUCACUUUAUGACAGACCUCAUAUUUCUUCAUAAACCUAAUAUUUUGGCUUCAAUUGUAUUUUUGCUUAUCCAUAUCUCCAUCUCACCGUUCUCUUUUUUCCUCUAGCUGGAAUGGAGAACAAAACAAAUGGAUCAGUGGAAGCUAAACUUGUGGCGGAGAAUGGCCAGCUGCCGGACCCUGCAGACUGGGCAUUCACUGAUGUCGUCAACUAUUUCAAAGCUGCAGGAUUUGAUGAGCAGGCUACUGCUUUCCAGGACCAGGAAAUCGAUGGCAAGUCUCUGCUCCUGAUGACACGAAAUGAUGUCCUGACUGGUCUUUCUAUCAAACUGGGGCCAGCACUGAAGAUCUACGAGUACCACGUGAAACCACUUCAAACUCAGCACCUGAAGAGUAACGCUAAUGCACCACUGCAUGCUCCUCAACGUGUAACAAGAUAAUCACGAGGCAGGACGGACAGACCAGUCCGAAGAGAUUUAUAGACCCAAGAGGACAGUGGAAGACAACAGGGCUUAGAAAACUCUUGCGUGGUUGCAUCUUGCAUCCUUCUGAAAAUAUUGUGUUACCUAAACUUAACAGAUGCCAAAUGAUUUGAGCCGUUACAUUUGUUGGUAGUUAACUGAGUGGUAUCAGUUUAUGAAACCAAACAAGGACUUUAAUUCUUUGAGGUCUUGGACAGCAUAAGAUCAUUUUACAGGUCUUAAAAAGUACAGGUUUACUUUCUCUUCUUCGAAGAGUUAGUCUCAAAGCAAAUCAAGCAGAUUCAACUGAAUUGGUUAUUUAAUAGUGGACGAUCCUUUUCAGAUGGAUGCAAACGGUGCACUAAAGAUGUCUGACUUUGUGAUGCGCUCUCUACCAUUGAUCAGUAUAUAUAUAUAUAUAUAUAUAUAUAUAUAUAUAUAUAUAUAUCAAACUAUGGAACAGUUUGAUGCUGGCUAAGACUGGAUGGUAAUUAGUUUGAACCAUACUUACCGAUCCUCCAUUACAGCCAUUUUUCUUUUCCUAAUAAGCCACUAUUUAACUUAAUCAAAAGAUGCAUCUAUGAACAUUAUGCAUGUCAAUUGUAAAUUUAAGCACAGGGAUAUAGGUUGCUGAAUGUUCUUUGAUUUCCUUAUUCUUAAAUAUAUGGCAUUUUACUUUCGUGUUUGAUGUGGAUGCUUUUAUCACGCAUAACAGUGACAUGCUGCUGCCUUUUGUAUUGUAAAGUUGCCCUGUUCACAUUGCUGUUAGAAACUACUUGCAUCUUAGGUAAAGAUUUGAGAUGUAACACUGUCAGUCUUACCCAAGAACAAUUAGCAAAAACACAGUCAUGUAGAGAAAGAAGAAUGUUAAUUUCUAAAUACAAAAAGUCAAGAACAAUGAAUAAAAUAGAAAAGGCACAAUCAUUUACUUGAAAACCACACAGUGCCAUGAAAAAUAAACCUUUCAUCGUAUCCUCGGUUGGCUGAGAAUAGAUGGCAAGUCUUCCUGACAUGUUCUACACUUCAUAAGAUUAUGUGGCAGUGGUUUGCCAUUGGCAAUGAGGAGCAGUGUUGAGGUCAACUUUUUCCCUGUAGCAUCAAAACGAAGGCC